GAGUGAGCCCAGACGCGGUGGCAUGCAUUCACCUGGGCCAGCUGCAGUAGGAACACCUGGCUCAGGUUACAGCGGCGGCGAGAGAGCCAGAGGGGCUGGACUCUGAGCCAAAAUAACUGUACUCAGUGAGUUACGCAGCUAUGACUACAUGUCUGGAGCAAUCGGCGCAAGAGAGCAGCACAGUCGGAGCGACCCGACUUCUUCAGGAAGACAAGAGGGCUCAGCUUUCCUCUCGGGCAGAAGAAGAAAAAAGACCUGUUGGUUUGAGGUCUUGGAUGCGAGGAGGAGCUUGUUCUCAAACUAAUGAAAAUCAGAUGUUGCCAUCUCUGCCUGGCGUGCCUCCCAGUCUGCAUCCACAUAGGAAAGCUUCGGUGCAGUAGCCAGCUGCUGGACUUUGGUAGACUGCUGUGCAGCCAGCAGCAGAAGACAAUAACAGACAGGCACAUACUCCACCGCCAGAAUUACUAUCUACAGGUGUGGCGUGGUGUGCUUCCCUUGUUUUCAGGAGCCGAACGCUGCUUCCUCACAGCCAUGAGUUCUCAAGCGAGCAUUGGCAGCAGCAUGCUGUUCCAGACUAUAAAUGACGACCUGAAUGCAUCGCUGGCCACAGCAGAUGAGUUAUCCAGAGAGUUCAACUCCCUGCUGAAGGAGGCCUCGUCCGACAACAACAACUCAAACUCUCAGACCAGCUCUGCCAUCUUCAGAGAGAAGCCCCAUUCCAUCUCCUCCUCCACUAUGAGGGACACGAGAACCAGCAGUAAUGACAGCUCUAAGCCCGUCUCCCCAACGUUCCACUCCUUGGACUCCGUCUUCUCCAGCAACAAAAAAGCACCGUCGCCCCCCCCUGUCUUCGCCACCAGCCCACUCUCACCCCCCAAGAUCCAGAGGAAAUCACGCUCUCCUCUCCCUCGAGGCGGAUCCGACAGCUACGCGUACGGCCAGCCGAGCCGCAUACAUUUGCCUCACACUCCGAGGCGCCAUUCCCCCUCAAGUUACGACAGGAGCCCACAAGGCUCAAUCGGUUACGCAGAUAAAAGCCCCUCUCCGAGCGCUGCUGCUGUUUCUUCUGACCUGCCAUCUUGGUCUGCCUCGCUCCAAUCCUCCUCCAACAAGCUGAGCCCUUACGGCAGCAGCAAGAUGGGCCGCAGGUCGCCUCGCCCGGACAAACGCCGCUCUCCUUUGUCGUUCAAUUACCCCAUGUCCAACACGCUGCCUCGAAACUUUGCCGCUUCGAGGAAAUCCGACGAGGGUGUGCAGCAGCAGCAAAAGAGCUCUGGCAAGUGGAAUGAGACAGAUCUGGACGUGUCGUACGAGAAAAAAACUCACCACACCUAUGACAAGUCAGAGUGGCUGCGACCACCUCUGCCAAGUAGCUGGAGAGAAUCCAACCUCGAUGGCCCUCCUCUGGCCCCAAGCCCCAAAAAGGAUCCUCGCUCUCCAGCUAUCAUCUAUUCCCACACUUCCCUGCCCCGUAAUACACGCAUAGCCGUGCCUCCAGAUGUUUCGUCCCCAGUCCACUCCCCUUUCCACCCUCAGCCCAUCAUCUCCCGCAUUUCCAUUCCCCCGACUGCUACUCAGUCCCGCCAGCGCAAGCCCAUCCCUCUCUCCGUCAUUAUGCGCCUCCAAAACCCCCACUGGAGAGCAAUGUCAACCCCCCACCCCAGAGUCCUGGGAGGGGAAGGCGACAUGGCACCGUACCAACCACCUGCACCCUUCCCGAAGGAUUUCUUCCACCAACAUGUGCCCCAGCCACUGCAACACCCUCCUGAGCUGAGACAGCCAGCCGUAUACAGUGACGCGCUGAACUCGGGGGAUAUCGACGCAGAGUUGGAGCGGCUGGACUUCGUUCAUAACAUGCCCGUGAUCUCAGAGAAUCCCAGCGUGGCAGAGGGCAGAAGGGAGGGCGCGCCCCCAGCUCCCCGGCCCCUCAGCCCCACCAGGCUACAGCCAGUGGUGGCCCACGAGGCCCAGAGACACGAGAUUCCUGACCUGGAGGAGAUGCUCCGCAUGAGGGCAGAAAUCCCGCGGGCCCUGAAGAGACGGGGCUCCGUGGACCAGUCCCAGCCCCAGAAGAGGGCCUCCCACGACCAGCCCAACCAGUACAAGAAUCUCAUCGACAAGCUCUUUCGUAGGAAGGACCGGCGCCAGAGGGGGGAGCGAGGUAGCGAGACAAGCAGCUCCUCAGACGGAGAGGAAGCUGCUCCACCUCCUGCUGCUCUACCUGUACCCACAAUGCAUCCUGAUUUCAGAAACUACCAUUCCAUCCUGCGGUGGUCCAAGCAGGAUCACAAAAGUUCUGGGAGGCGAGCUCGACUCAGCCCGCUCAUCCUGCUGCUGGACGGAGCGCUGGUCGGGGAACUGGAGAUAGUGCAGAAGGCCGUGCAGGAGAUGAACGACCCUAGCCAACCCAAUGAUGAGGGCAUCACUGCCCUUCACAACGGCAUCUGCGGCGGCCACUACAAUGUGGUGGAUUUCCUGGUUCGCAUUGGAGCCAAUGUCAGCGCGCCAGACAGCCACGGCUGGACUCCGCUGCACUGCUCCGCUUCUUGUAACGACCGUCCACUGUGUGAGUUUUUGGUGAGGAAUGGAGCCGCUGUCAUGGCCAUGACGGAGAGCGACGGCGCCACCGCCUCCGAGAAGUGCGAUCCUUACGCUGUGGGGUUUGAGGAGUGCGAGAGCUUCCUGAAGGGUUUGGAGGCGGCUAUGGGGACGGAGAACAGCGGGGUGCUGUACGCUCUGUGGAGCUACCCGGCUCAGGCAGCCGACGAGCUUAGCUUCAAAGAGGGAGACAUGGUCACCAUCCUGCAGAAACCCGAGGGGUCGGAUUGGUGGUGGGCCUCACUCUGUGGCAGGGAGGGCUUUGUUCCAAACAACUACUUUGGGCUUUUCCCGAAGGUUCGAGCAAAGUCUCUCUGCUAAGUGGUCUCUUGCUGAUGGUCAGUGGUGCAGAGGACUGUGUCGAAACACUAAGCUCUACAGCUUCACACUGUUGUUUGACAGGAAUGUGUCUGUGUGAUUAUGAAAAGCCUGUGUUGCUGCAGAGCAUGAGAAAUGGUUUUGAUCUGUCAGUCAAGGAGCGUUGAAGAAGAAGUCUCAGUAUUAAUUUUUUGCCACACUGACAAUGAUACAUCUUUAUAGAAGACAUCGUUUGUAGUGGCUCUGCUGCGGUAUAUAUAUAUAUAUAUAUAUA